AUGCAACUGGAGCACCUUGUCGCCCGUGGACCGGAAACUGCUGCUGCCGUCACGCGGCGGCAUCCCGGCUUCGCCUCCGAAGAUCCACGGCAGUCGACUUCGGCCCCAGCAUGCUCACUAGGGUACCUCAGCCAAAGCGCAAGAUCUAAAAAGAGAGCAGGCUUUCGGACGCAUGCUCUUCCGGUCGAUCGCCAUAACGGUGGCGGCGCCCAUCCCCCCCUUUUUGACCAACGCAUUCCACCCAGUGUGGAUCUCCGGCGGGUUGCCCUGGUUCCGGAGCGGAUUACGGCGGCGCCGCGGGCCCCAUUCAGGUUCUGGGUGGAUGAGCUGCUUUGGAGUCAGGGCCGCGUGGCGGUGGAGCUCUUCGAGGCGGUGCUGACGGAGGCGGGCGGCGUCCGUACUGGCGGACCCAGCAGGCAGGAGGAGCGGGAGCUGCGGCGGUGGCGGCGGCGACGGCAGCAGCAGCAGUUGACGGCUGAGGAGGCGGCCGAGGCGGCGGCUGCACCGGGACCCUCUCUCGGCUCGAGUAACAUGGAGUGCUGGGAGGUGCUGUGGACCAAGUCCACGUACGCCAUUUCCGCGGCUCGCAGCAUGCGGCCGGGUCAACUGCACAGCACUUCACUCGAGGCCGACCUGCUCACUGACUCCACAACCCCGCUCCGGUGCGGCCUGGUGUGGUGUGGCCUGGUCAGCGCCGUCAUCGGCCUCAACUGUCUGACCAUGAAGAAGCGGCUGCUGUUGACGCUGAGGGGAGCGCUGGGGCCGGAGGCGGCCUUCGCCAUCACACCUUGCUCCUUCGCGCUCCCCGAGGACAUGGGCGCCUGGGAGGACUUCUUGAAGCGGCAACAACAGCACUAUAACCGCCACAACCGCAACAACCAGCAGCAGGGGAUGCAGAGCCAAGGGAGGGAGGAGGGACAGGGUGAUGACGGCGGUGACGGUGGUGGUGGUGGCAAUGUGAGUGGAAAUGGUGCCGGAGGUGAUAUUGGUGGAUUUGGUUCCUCGCUUUGGAUCCUCAAGACUGGUCAGGACGCGGCCUCCAAACCCGCUUCGUUAGUGUACCGAGUGCGCUCUCCCAUUCUCAACCUUCCGCUGUCUGUCCCGCCCGCCGUCAACAAUUCAUUUCUCGGGGCGAUGAGCACUAGACGAGGGCUAGUGCUCUUCAGCACCGAUCCGUACGACAAGGCCGCCGCGGAGCGUCAGCAGCCGCGCGGUGGUGGUGGCGGCGGCGCCGCUGCCGCUGGCCCUCCGCUGUCGCCGCCACCGCCGGAAUCCUCUGCCGCCGCGGCGCAUUACCAGCUCCCCGCCAGCCACAUCACCAACUACGCGCGCAACAACAACACUCUGGUCUGGGGGCUCCAUCAACUGGCUGAGCAUUUGGGGCCGGCACGAUUUAGCGGCGUGUGGGAAGCGCUGCGCGGCGCCUGCAGUCGCGCACUAGCAGCCGCGGCACCAUCGCUAGUGGAAGCGCACGCCUGGUUACGACCUGCCGUACAAGAGUACGGAUUCCAGGUCCUCGGCGUGGAUUUUCUGUUGGACGAGCGGCUGAAGCCGUGGUUACUGGAGUUCAACAGCGCGCCGUCAAUCAUGGUGCAGCACGAGGACGACGCCACUCGAGCGUUAGUGUACGAACAAAAGUACGGCAUGUUGCGGGACACGUGGGAGGUCGUACGGUGUCGAGUAUACCCGCGGGAACCAGCAGAGGUUGGGCAGGGGGGCGUGUGUCAGAGAGUUCUGUGAUUUUUUCAAUUAUUUUUUGUUAAGAGCUUUUGCGUGCAUCAUCGUCACCAGCCGCGAAGGAGGGAGAGUGAGAGAGAAAAUGCCUGCCCCACAAGCCCAAAGCGGUUCGGCUCCUGCUCCCCAAACCGCCCUGUAACCCAUUGUAUGU